UCACGGGGCAGGGGUUGGUUUGUCACAGGUUGUCGUCAAGGAUCACCUUCUUCACCAUUGUUCAGCUCCAACACAGACGUCAGGACAGGUGAGGGUGUCAUCCUUCCCGACAGGACUCAAUACUCACUAUGGUGCGGCGUGUGGUAGUGCAGGCUGUCGGCGGGUUUGAUCAAUUAAAGGUUGAAGAUGGUCCGCCGCUCUCAGUUCCCUCUGCCAAACAGGUCACCGUUGAGGUUAAGGCCUGUGGUCUUAACUUCUAUGACAUAUAUGUACGUCAAGGUCUAAACCCCAUCACCCAGCCACCUUGUACUCUUGGGUUGGAGUGUGCAGGUGUUGUGGCAGCUGUAGGGGUUGAUGUUGCCUCGGUAAAGGUAGGAAAUCGAGUCGUCGUGCACUGUCCACAGGCCGGGGCUUGUGCCGAGUUGAUCACAGUUACCGCGGACUCCCUCUUGGUCAUCCCAGAUAACUUAAGCUUCGAGGUGGCUGCAUCAUUCACCAUCAGUUACCUCACUGCAUAUUUUUCCUUGUUUCAUCUUGGAGGACUGAGAGCUGGUGGUGCUGUACUCAUACACAGUGCAGCAGGUGGUGUCGGCUGGGCAGCUACACAACUCGCUAAAACUGUCCCAGGUGUGACUGUGUUUGGGACGGCCUCCCUUCAAAAACACGAGGCCAUUAAAGAGAACGGCGUUGAUCAUCCCAUCCACUAUGACCAGGACUACCAUAGAGAAGUGUUGGAGCAGCGACCCCGAGGAGUGAGCAUUGUGUUGGAUAAUCUCGGUGGGACAAACUUCACCAUAAGCCAGGAUCUUCUUGAACCACUCGGUAAGGUGAUACUGAUUGGUGCACGGGGAAUGGUUGGAAACGAACAUCGAAGCUUGUGGCGCGUCCUCAAGACCUGGUGGACAACAAAGAAUGUCUCCCCUUACUCACUCAUCAUGAAGAACCACGCCGUUGCUGGAUUUAACCUGAAUGAACUCCGGAGCAAAGACCCCGCAACCUUCCGCCAGGGCUGGGAAGAAAUCCUCAAAAUGAUCACAUCAGAAGAGCUUCGUCCUUGUAUUGACUCUGUUUGGCAAUUUGAUCAAAUAAUUGAAGCAUCUAAGCAAAUUUCUGAAAGGAAAAAUAUUGGUAAAGUAAUUAUUUGUCCAUAGAGGCACAGAGUACAGGAUCGUAUACAUUUACAGUACUGUACUUAUAUUAUCCUUGUACACCCACACCAAAAAGGUAUCUUUAUGGGGGGGUUCCAUGAAUUUCAAAAUGAACACCAGGACUCCUGUUGUUUUGAUAGGGUUCUCAAAAUCCUUGGUCCGUUGUGUCAUAUUGUCUAACACAAGAUCGUAAAGAUAUUUUUUGGAGCUUGUGCACUCGGACAACCAUGUAGUGGUGGUGGGGAGUUAAUACAGUAUCUUAAUAAUCCUUUAUAAUUAUCUACUAUGAAAUUGCUUAACAGUUCAGUGAUACAGUAGUAGUCACAUGGCAAAGGAUCUGGCUAAAUGAUCUACAGUGAAACUUCUAUAUAAUGGAUUUAUCUCUAUAUAAUCCAUUAGAUGGGGGGGUUCAUAUCUAAUGGAUCCUCGAUACAACGGGCUCUCAUCUCUGUAUAGUUCGUUAGAUGGAGGUUUCACAUCUAACGCCCUCAAUGUAACGAACUUUUCUCUCCAUAUACUAGUCCGUUAAGUAGAUGUAUCACGCACUGUAUGUAUACGAGGUGCUGAUUAAUGCAAGGGUGAACGCGCCAAAACUAAGUUUUGAGAAAAUGGGGUUUAAAGUUUGUACAUAUUGUACUCCAAAUGUCAUAGAACCUCCAAAAAUUCAUCAUUCUGUUCAGCGAGUCAUUUUAAAGGCGAUUUAAUGCAGAAUAUGAUCCUUGUAAUAAGUGAAGUGUGCUGUAGGAUUUUGGUACACAUUAACAUCAAAUAAUGAAAUGGUGUGAAAUUAACAUUCAUGAAAAUAAUAAAGUUCUGAACACAAAACGAUUAAUUUAUAUUGUAAUAAAGUUAAAAAAUAAUAAAAAUAAUGGUAACACUUACUGUAGAUGAUUAUGCUGUGCUAAAGAACUAGGUAGCAGGGGGGGAUAGGGUAGGUGGCUAGUAGCAUUAUCUGAUCAUCAUCAGAUACAUCUUCCUCCUCCAGGACGCCAACAAUAGAAUGUAGUGGGCUUCUCUUGGUUGGCACGCUCCUUCCCAACAUGCUGAUUAACUCUGAGAGUAAGGCAGGUCACCGGGCGAGUUUGACUUUGCUUUACUCUCGCCAGACACUGAAAUUACCAGAGGCAGCAGACCCCGGGAGUUUUACACCAUAUAAUUCAAUGGGAUUUUGCCAGUAAACCAAAGGUGAAAUGUCAUACAAUCUUGUGUCAUAGUAGAACAAACUUUCGAAAUGAAUGGUGCAAAAAUCGCAUUUUUGCAAGGGUGUCAAGUUUGCCUUUGCAUUAAUCAAUGCCUCAUUUGUUUACUGCUUGACAUUGACUGGGUUGUAUAGGAGGAAUGAAUUCCAAGUUUGUAGUAAAAAUGUGUACCAUGUAGGCCAGGCAGUGUUAUUUGACCACAGUGGCACAAGAGCCAACCAUUCAGUAUUUUCAACCAUUUACCAACUUUUGAACAUCAAAUUAAGAAAGUUUCAAAGCACUGAACUAUUUUACAUGAACACAUGACAACAGACUUUAUAGGUGGAAAAUUAACCAUCCAUCUCGGAACAACUAUUUACACACACACAGUUAUUAAGAAAGUUUAUCACACCAGCGGCCAUCACAGUUUAUGUACAUAGCUAGACUGUACUGCAGUAUGGAUACAGUAUAACACUUUAAACAUCCCUCACCUUCAUCUGGGGAGACUACUGCAUUACUUACCAUGACUUGUAAUGAAUAAUAAACAGUUUUAACUUUUCAAUACAACGAUAAAGUUUCUCGGGUGUAUCUUGAGGUUAUUGUAGGAAAUAGCAGUUAUAACUAAGUAAAUAAAUUCUUUAAUAUUUAAUCUUUUUACAUGUAUAAAUAAAAUGAGUUACAUAAUAGUAGACAGAAGUUUUUAUAUAUUUCAUAGGAGUUAUCUAAAGAUCAAGAAAGUAUUGUUCUCUCAAGAGCUGAAAAACUUGGUAUUUUACAGGUUGAAAUGUUCACUCAAUCAAAGAUAACAUAUGAUGACUGUGGUCUGUCGUUCAGAGCAAGAAUUUAAGUUUUUAUUUGUUCAAAUAUUCCAAUAAAACUGAAGUAAAGACAA